CAGAUCCAUUGGGAUUUUUGCAAUGCUGUAUCCUGUGUUUUUAACUGUGUAUGGUUAUUUCAAGCUGGAUGUGAAGCCUUCGACUAUCAAGACGUUACCGGACGACAUGUCAGCUAUGUUUGCUAUGAUGCCUGUGCUUGGCCUUGGGUAUCAGUGUCAAGAAGUCGUGGUGCCUGUAUACUCUUGUAUGCGAGAGAGAAAUUUGUGCAACUUCGUCAAAUCCAGCCUCCUAGCCAUGUGCUUCCUUUUUGUUGUGUACUCUAUAACCGGAUGUUUCGGUUAUCUGACUUUUGGAUCUGCCGUAGCCCACAAUGUAAUGAAGAUGUACGAUGCUUCGGAUCCUUUCGUGAUGGUAGGAGUGGGGGCAUUGAUUGUCAAGAUGAUUGCUACUUAUCCCAUAUUAGCUCUUUGUGGAAGAGAUGCUGCAGCGGGAGUCUAUGCCGAAUUUCGUGGUCUAAAGCCUGCCGAGUUCAUUGCCACGGAGAAAAUUCGCCGUUACAUCUGUGCUGCCAUCUGGUUCUCGAGUUCCUUAUUGCUGGCUGUCUUUACGAGUGGCAUCGGAAUUGUCAUCAAAUAUCUGGGGUCUGUAGCAUCGGCAAACAUAUUUAUCUAUCCAGGUAUUUGCUUAGUGAAGAUGGCGAUAAAAGAAGAUUCGGACUUGAAGAGUAAUCGGAGUCGGUUUCUCGUCUUUUACGGCAUCUUCAUUGCAGCUAUGGGAGCCUUUUGCUUUGGCGUCGUACUCUUCCAGGCGAUUCUCAGUAAUGAUUCAGAUCCACCCAUAAAACUGUGCAAAUGAAGGAACGAUGAGAAGAAAGAAAAUUCUUGACAUUUGACGUUUUACUGUAUGUCCCUCUACCAUCUCUUGGUGGAUGUUCUGAACUAACGUUUGAGAAACGAAGUGAUGAAGUUUGUAAAAUAAUGGAAGUUUUUUGUGAUUGCGUAUAAAGUGAGUAAUUUCACUUAAGACUGUUAUAUAAAAGACUUUUAAAACA